AUGAACAGGAUAAAUUUACCAACUGUGAAAACAUCAAGUUUAAUACAAAGACAGAGCUCGAUACUAAGCAGUACUGUAAAUCACGAUGAUGCCGGUUUUGAAGAGGAAGAAACUAGUUUUGACACUUCGCAAGAUACAAGUAUGGAGGUUCUCAAUUUUAAAAGUGCAAAUUUGAAAAAUGCAUUUCUGAAGGUGAAAAGUCAAACAACGUCGUCCUCAACGUCGUUCUCAACGUCGUCGUUCUCAACGUCCUCCUCAACGUCCUCCUCAACGUCAUCACUAAUACCCGAGAGGUCUACUUCAACUGAUCUAGAUUUCUCCUUGAAAAGAACAAGUACAGAUCUACUAGAAAAUCUCAACGGUUCUAAACAUGCUAAAAAAGUAGCCAAAGUUAAUGUGCCUCCAAGGUAUGCCAAACCCGCUUUAGAGCAAAGCACCAGGAAUUUAAGUAAAGAACAACUCAAAGUUAUCAAUGCCGUAGUUCAUGGUGGUAAAAAUGUCUUUUAUACAGGAAGUGCUGGUACAGGGAAGUCAGUUGUUCUUCAAGAGUUGGUAGAUCGAUUAAGAACAAGGUAUAGAGAUAAUGUAGGCGUUACUGCACCAACCGGAAUGGCUGCUUGCAAUAUUAAUGGGCAAACUAUAUACAAGUUUUUGGAAAUUGGGUUGGGCACGGAGAGUGUGAGUAAACUUGUUAGUCGAAUCCGAAAAGUUCAUUUGAGAUUGAGGAAAUGGCAAACAUUAAAAGUAUUGAUUAUUGAUGAAAUCUCUAUGGUGAAAGCAGAAUUGUUUGACAAGUUGGAGGAAGUUGCUAGAAUAAUAAGAGGCAAUGAUAAGCCCUUUGGAGGAAUCCAAAUCGUUUGCACUGGGGACUUUUUCCAACUUCCGCCAAUUAGACAGAGCAACCAACAAGCAAAAUUUUGCUUUCAAGCAGAGAAAUGGCGUUUGGUUAUAGAAGAAACAUUUGUAUUGCGGCAAGUUUUUAGACAAAAGGGAGAUGAUGAAUUGAUCAGUAUGUUAAAUGCUUUGAGAAUAGGUGAAUUGAGUAAUGAGAUAAUCCAAAAAUUUAAAGCUUUGAAUCGUACUGUUACUUAUGAUGAUGGCAUCGAACCAACUGAACUAUACCCUAUCAAGGAGGAGGUAAACAGAUCAAACAAUAAACGCUUAAAUGAUCUAAAAGGUGACAAGGUGACUUUUGUUGCAGAUGAUUUUCCUCCAGCUAGUGAGUUUAAGAGUCAAUUUGAUCAACUCAUGUGCGAAAGUGUUUUACAUCUUAAAGAAGGUGCUCAAGUCAUGAAUAUAAAAAACAUUGAUAGCGAGUUGGUUAAUGGGUCUCUCGGAACAGUUUUAUUUUUCGCUACACGAGGAUUAUUUGGCAAGAUUUUGCAAACUUACGAAGAAGUUGAUAUUGAUGAUCACCAAAUGAUGAGUGAAUUGCAAUUGUUAAGAAAAAGAGUUGGUUCAACAGAAAAAUGGACAUCGGAUGAUGUGCGUAUUGUUGAAAACAUACCCGAAAGUCGUAAAGCCCAAUUUGAGGCUCUUGAGCAUUAUGCCGCUCAAGAAGCUCAAAGCGAACUUCUUCCUGUUGUUAACUUUAACUUUAAAGGCAGGUAUGAGGCCAAACUUGUAAGCCAUCAAGAAUUCCCACUUGAUAGUUCACAUAAGAAAUUGGAAGCAGCAAAACCACAUCGCAACCAAAUCCCUUUAAUCUUAGCCUGGGCCAUGUCAAUACACAAAUCUCAAGGUCAAACUCUUCCAAGAGUUAAAAUUGACUUGGCAAGGUCUUUUGAGAAUGGUCAAGCUUAUGUUGCAUUAUCAAGAGCAGUCAGUAGAGAAACUUUGGAAAUCAAAAACUUUAGUGAGGCAAAAGUAAAAACAUCAGAAGUCGUAAGAAGAUAUUACAACUCGAUAGGUGCUUGA